AUGCAGUCUUCUCGCUUCCACAUCAUCCGGGCCCGUCUCUCGGCCACCAAGCUCCGCACCUCCUUCCGCCGGUCCUCCUCGGCCUCGUCCCGGCGGUCGAGCAACAGCUCCCGCAACUCCUUCUCCUCGGCCAACAUGUCCCCCGCCGCCAGCACCAUCAACAGCAUCAUCUCCCGCCAGUCGUCCAUCGUCGACCUCGAGGAGGAGCGCAAGAGCUUCGGCAGCGAGCUCAACAUCCUCGAGCCCCGGCCCAUCGUCUAUUGGGGCAGCGUCGAGGAGCGCAUGAGCUCCUUCUAG